GUCGCGUAAAAGCGCUUGACGUCAGCAUAACAACAACCUGUCAUGACAGCUCGUAUGGGGAAAAAAAUAAUCGAUUAAGAUUUGAUAUCACAUUAUAGAAAUUCAGUUUCACCUUGAUGUAAGAUUCCCAAUAAAAGUGUGUGCGAUCCAGGACGGACAGGACAUUCUGAAACCUGUCAAUUAGCCAGCCGAGACGGGGAACAGGAUAGGGAAGCAGGGCGAGGCGGGCCCCGCGGAGCCGGUGGAGAAGAUGGCCGGCAGCCCGGAGAAGAGUUCCACCGCACAGGAGCUGAAGGAGCAGGGGAACCGGCUGUUCCUCUGCCGCAAGUACCAGGAGGCUGCUACCUGCUACAGCAAAGCCAUUAACCGUAAUCCAUCGGUGGCAGUAUACUACACCAACAGGGCUCUCUGCCAUGUGAAGCUGCAGCAGCAUGACAAGGCUCUGGCAGAUUGUAAGCAUGCACUGGAGCUGGACAGUCAGUCAGUUAAGGCCCACUUCUUCUUGGGCCAGUGUCACCUGGAGCUGGAGAACUACGACGAGGCCAUCGGCAACCUGCAGAAAGCUUAUAACCUGGCAAAAGAACAGAGGCUGAAUUUCGGAGAUGACAUCCCCAGCGCUUUGCGCAUUGCCAAGAAAAAACGUUGGAACAGCAUUGAGGAGAAGCGCAUCAACCAGGAAAACGAGUUACAUGCCUAUCUGACCAAACUCAUACUGGCUGAGAAGGAAAGAGAACUAGAAGAAUACAAAGAAAAACAGGAUGACAAUCAAAAUGGAGGCGACGCUGCCAAGAUUGCAUCAAAACAUGACAAGUAUCUAAUGGACAUGGAUGAGCUCUUCUCUCAAGUGGACGAGAAGAGAAAAAAACGGGAAAUCCCAGAUUACCUUUGUGGGAAGAUCAGUUUUGAGCUGAUGAGGGAGCCUUGCAUCACACCCAGUGGAAUCACUUAUGACCGCAAGGACAUUGAAGAACACCUACAGCGAGUAGGUCAUUUCGACCCGGUCACCAGGAGUCCCCUGACCCAGGACCAGCUGAUCCCGAACCUGGCUAUGAAGGAAGUGAUCGAUGCCUUUAUCCAGGAGAACGGCUGGGUGGAGGACUACUGAAGAGACGCCUCCCAUUUCUCCUUCAUACCCUCAACACAAAGGACAAUACAAGACUAUCGAGAACAGAUCACCCCUUGCCUGGAUAAGUACUUUACACAAGCGGGAAAAGCCACACUAUGGACUGCCGAACGGGAGCCACGUAUCUCGGUCUGCCUCCUCCCCACAUCUUAUCUUCGCUGUAAAACUUCCCGCUCCAACUUUUACCGAGGCUCGGUGUUCAUGGCCUGCUGCUCCCUUUAAAACUUUUCCCCCUGCUCUUUCUAGACCUUCUCUCUUUCCUCCUCUCUAUCAUGCUGUUCUCUGCUCUUUCAAACCUCGACUCCUUUCUGUACUCAAACAGGGGCCACGUUCUCAGGUCUCUCUUGCUCCCUCUCACUUUAUCUCUGUCUCUCUUUCUCUGAGUGCCACAGUUCUUGGAAAGCAUCAGCAUUGCACUCCAGUGUUUCACAUUUACCACCAAUAUACACACAAAAAAAAAAAACAUCUGCAUUUUGGUGGCAGAAUCGAUUAAGACAUUGGCCUUUUGGUUGGCGUUUACUCCAGUAUUUUGUAGUCACUUUUUCAUUAUACGAUAGAGCAUUUGCCCACUUCUUAAUGUACUUUUGUUGAAGUGGUAACUAAAAUGCCAAAAACCUGUUCUGAACAAGGGUUGUUUGUAUGCAAGUUUUACAUGACGAUAGCUGAAAAGGGAACCGAGUCCCUUUUCUAUCCUCUGGUGGCGCUUCAUACAUACCCACAUGCGUCACCGUAAGAUUUUAAGUAGAUUGUUAGGUUUUCUCUGCAUAUCAAUCACAACCCAUUACAGACAAUUGAGAUAAGCUGAAUGUAUGCAUUCUUUAUAGGUGUAAAAUCAACCUGCAGUAAUUCAUGAUGUUGUCUCACAGGACAUUGUGAGGUGAAAAGCCUUGAACUGGAGACAGAAAAUAAAUGGCAAUGGAUGCUGCAUACAAAAAAGGUUUUCACAUAGCUGGAUAUGAAUUCUAAAUAUAUAGGAUUUGAGAUCUGAGAGACUGUUUGGGUUGUUGCUGCCCGGAAGAACGGUCAGUGUAGAAGCAACGAUGCGCUCAGACGUUUUGUUUGGCUCGUGCUGUUGGAGUGAAAUGGCCGUGGACUCUCGCAUCAAAGCAUGAAGUGAACUUUCUUCUCCUUAGCAAAAAAAAAAAAGCAUCAAGAUGGUUGUAAUUUUUUUCCUCACCAUUUUUGCUGUUCAUUUUUAUGCACCUUCUCCUCACACUGUCACAGUUAUGAAGAAAAAUGGUUGCACCAAUCAUCAGAGUGAAACUAACUUUAGGUUGUUUCCCGUUACGUGGAUUUUGAGGUUCACUCGCAUCACUGCCCCGACCUCCUUCAUAGAAAUGCUGGAAGAGCUACGACCAUCUUAUCUCAUCCGUACCUCAGUCCCCAGUUUAUUGCGUGCUGGUUCUCUGGCAUUCUCUGUAAAACACGUUCAUUUCAGUGCUAUUAGUUUACAGGUUUUUUCAGCUGAAUGUGUCUGUGGUGAAUUAGGCCUGUCGGUGGUUCGUGUUGCGGUGCAGGCAGUGUACAUAAUUUGCUGGUGUAUGUCAGAUUUUAUUUCUUGACAAAAUAGGGUUCUUUUUUCUUGAGAAAUCCUAGUGCUUGAGAAACUGUAUUAAAUGUAGAUAUGUUGAUAAAAUAAAUGCCUGAUUCAGUUUUCAUUUGUCCCCAUUAAACCAUGAACUUUGA